AUGUCAAUAAAAGAAGGAUUGUUGGUGAUAUUAUCAUUAUUUUUAUUUGAUACGACAGCAUUGAUUCAUCGACGAGAAAUUCCUCAUAUGGAAUCAAAAGGACAAAUGCAGCAUGGCCAAGUUUUAUUGGGAGGAUGGCAAGAACGUAGUCCAGAAGAUAACGAAAUACUGGAGCUAUUGCCAAGUGUUUUAACUAAAGUAAAUCAACAAUCAAACGAUGAGUACCAUUUGAUGCCAAUCAAAUUGCUAAAAGUUUCAUCUCAAGUUGUCGCCGGUGUGAAAUAUAAGAUGGAAGUACAGGUUGCUCGAUCAGAAUGCAAAAAAAGUGCAAGUGAGCAAGUUAACUUGAAAACAUGUAAAAAAUUGGAAGGACACCCGGAUCAGGUGAUGACAUUGGAGGUAUGGGAGAAACCAUGGGAAGAUUUUUUGCAGGUGAAUAUUUUGGAGACAAAGGUACUCUCGUCAGUAUGA